CGCUCCUGACUGAGCUCUUUACUAAACGGAUAUUUAACCACCGGUAAAACGGGACACCACCCCAUCCAACCUGCGGCUAUGUGUAAAGGACUAGCAUCACUGCCUACCUGCUGCUUGGAAAGAGCCAAGGAGCUGAAAGCAAGGCUGGGAAGCAUUUUGCAAAAAGCCAACUGGAAUCUUUCCAGCUGCAAAAUAGGGCAAAAUAAGCCAACCCUGGAGGAAUGCCUCAGGUGGAAACAGUCCUUUGAAAAACUUCUGUCCAGCAAAUAUGGACUGUGUGCCUUCUCAGCUUUCCUGGUAUCCGAGUUCAGCGAGGAGAACAUUGCGUUCUACUUUGCCUGCGAGGAUUACAGGAGUACGAAGUCAACUGGCAAACUAUCAGCCAAAGCCCACAAGAUAUAUGAUGAAUUCAUUGGCAGUGAUGCACCCCGAGAGAUUAACAUCGACCAUGAAACUCGUGACAUCACCAGAGCUAACAUGCUGGAGCUGUCAUCUUCUUGCUUCGACUUGGCCCAGCACAAGAUCUACAUGCUCAUGGCCAAAGACUGCUACCCUCGCUUCCUCCGCUCUCCAGCCUACAGGGAUCUAGUGUGCCAAGCCAAACCGAGUGCCAAGGCCACCAAGCAGCAGGAGAAGAAGGCGUGAAAUCUCUCGGCAGGCCGAUGGAGAAUUGUUAGUGGUCACCUUUAAGGGUUGAGAAGGCAAAGAGAGGCAUGGCGUUAGGUGCUGCAUCAUGAAGCUGGACGCAGUUGCAGACACGGAGAUCGUCAUGAAAGCGGCGGCGGAUGGGCGUAUUCUGCAGACGCCGUCUGUCUGAAGAUGAAGGAAACUGGAGAAAGGUUGAUGCCUUAAGUGGACUGUGUGAAUACAGAUGAAGUUUGGCUGCAAAGUCAAGUGAAAGAAAGACGACACUGGCGUGACAAUCAAACAGAAACAGCGCCUUUAACUUUUGUGGUUGUGACGUGUCAUGUCCCUUUUACACUGUUUGUGAACAGGCAUGCAGGAUAUUUCAUGAUUUUGUAUUUAUUUGUAUUUAUUUGCCUGCAAUAUAUUUGUUGCUUUUUUUUACCAAACAAACAUGAAAAAUGUGCAAUUUAAUUUAUAAUAUUGUAAUAUUUAUACCACUGUUGUGCUUCUUGGUUCUUUGAUUUUUUUUUUUUUUGUUUUUUACAUACCAGCAUCUAAACUAAAUUAUUUGAAAAAUAAAGU